AUGCUUUCGAAAAUCAUCAUCGCACUUGGCCUCGUCAGCUCUGCUGUCGUCAGUGCCUCCCCCACAGUAUAUCUCAUCCGUCAUGGAGAGAAGCCGAGCGAUGGUGGCAAUGGGCUGAGUGCUCAGGGUCUGGAGCGGGCGCAAUGUCUCCGCAAUGUGUUUGGCAGCAACUCUGACUACAACAUUGGAUACAUCUUGGCCGAAACCCCCAAGAGCAGUGGCAAACGAGCACGUCCCUAUGACACUGUUCAUCCCCUGGCGGACGACCUUGGUUUGACGGUGGACACCUCUUGUGAUCGAGACGAUCCCAAGUGUGUCAAGAAGGCUGUCAAGGCAUACGACGGGCCAGGCAACAUCUUGAUCUGCUGGGAGCAUGACGCGUUGACGGAUAUCAUCAAGAAGCUGGGAGAUCAUAACCCGCCCACAUAUCCGGACGAUCGAGGCAGUUUCGAUCUGAUCUGGACGGAUCCGUAUCCUCACACUGCAAUUACAGCGGAGAGCAGUGAGCAAUGUCCCGGCUUGGAUAACUAG